UCUUUUUAAUGCUCCAAUCAGCUUCCUGGUGCUAACCACAUUGCUAGGAAAAGCUAGACUGUAUCCGACGACUAGUGUUCUGAGAAACCGCCGAAAACUUUCUUUCCUGAAUCCUUUGCAGAGUUCGGGUUUGGGGGGGCAAGAGGGGACACUUUUUCUUUCCUGAUCUAUGGUCACCUGGAACUUAAAGGUGCUUGGCUCCAUUUUCCAGCAGUCCUUGAUCGACCUCGGCUCUUUCGUAAAGAAGGACCUGGGGCGAGGAAGAAGGCGCUGAAACACUUUUAAGUCUCUCCAGGGAACUGCUGCAGCCUCUAAACUUUUGCUCACACGACCCCAAUGGUGGCCAUUGGACUCCGCUUCCCGGCAAGCCUCUGCAGACUGGCCUCACAAAAGGUCAGGUCUGGACUAUUCCCCAGCAUGCUUGGAACUCUUAGGCGAUCCCGCCCCCUCAGUCAAUGGGGAGGAUGCCUGGAACUCCAUUUCCCAGAACACACCAGGGCUCUCUGUGGCCACUGCUCUAAAGCCUUGGUGUUGACUACACUUCCCGGCAGGGACUGCGGCCUAGCGUACCUGGGAAGGGGAGCGCGAAACCUACUCCAUUUCCUCGCCCAUCUCCGGAACUGCAGUAGCCACUUGGGGCUUAGAAACCACCUGGGAUUCCAUUUCCCGGCGUGCUCUAAAAAAAAUCUCUUUACACCUGCAAUGCGGUGAGGGCGUGGCGACGACUCCAUUUCCCGGCUUGCUUCACGGCCGGAGAUCCGUAGGUCCACGCGCGCCGACUCAAUUUCCCAGAGGGCAACGGUCUCUGGGACGCAUACACAGCCAAUAGAUUGAGUGAGUGGACUCCGUUUCCCAGCGGCAUCAGGCUCUCUGCUUCCCAAAGUCCUUCAGGGCUCCCCGUCAUACAGUCGGCUGACAGAUUACCCUGGACUCCAUUUCCCGACGUACAGCGCGACCCGUCAUUCCCGUGGUACUCCGAGGCUUUUGUGGACUUCAUUUCCCGGCGUGCCACGCGGCUCUCUGUGCGGACCGAGGGCGGUGACGGCGGCGCGGACGACAGCCGGACUGCAUCUCCCGGCGUGCCCCGCGGCGGGCGCUGGGCCGGAGCCGGAGCCCAAGCCCGAGCGGCGCGGCCUGGAAGAGGCCAGAGCCCGGGGGAGGCGGCGGCAGCGGCGGCAGCUGGGGCAGCCCGGGCAGCCCGAGCCCCGCGGCCUGGGCCUGCGCUCGGCGCCAUGAGCGGCGGCGGGCCUUCGGGAGGCGGCCCUGGGGGCUCGGGCAGGGCGCGGACCAGCUCGUUUGCGGAGCCAGGCGGCGGAGGCGGAGGCGGCGGCGGCGGCCCAGGAGGCUCGGCCUCCGGUCCAGGCGGCACCGGCGGCGGGAAGACGUCCGUCGGGGCCAUGGGUGGGGGCGUCGGGGCCUCGAGCUCUGGGGGUGGACCCGGCGGCAGCGGCGGAGGAGGCAGCGGAGGCCCCGGCGCAGGCACUAGCUUCCCGCCGCCCGGGGUGAAGCUGGGCCGUGACAGCGGGAAGGUGACCACAGUGGUAGCCACUCUAGGCCAAGGCCCAGAGCGCACCCAAGAGGUGGCUUACACAGACAUCAAAGUGAUUGGCAAUGGCUCAUUUGGGGUCGUGUACCAGGCACGGCUGGCAGAGACCAGGGAACUGGUUGCCAUCAAGAAGGUUCUCCAGGACAAGAGGUUCAAGAACCGAGAGCUGCAGAUCAUGCGUAAGCUGGACCACUGCAAUAUUGUGAGGCUGAGAUACUUUUUCUACUCCAGUGGGGAGAAGAAAGACGAGCUUUACCUAAAUCUGGUGCUGGAAUAUGUGCCCGAGACAGUAUACCGGGUGGCCCGUCACUUCACCAAGGCCAAGUUGACCAUCCCUAUCCUCUAUGUCAAGGUGUACAUGUACCAGCUCUUCCGCAGCUUGGCCUACAUCCACUCCCAGGGUGUGUGUCACCGCGACAUCAAGCCCCAGAACCUGCUGGUGGACCCUGAUACUGCUGUCCUCAAGCUCUGCGAUUUUGGCAGUGCAAAGCAGCUGGUCCGAGGGGAGCCCAACGUCUCCUACAUCUGUUCUCGCUACUACCGGGCCCCAGAGCUCAUCUUUGGAGCCACUGAUUACACCUCGUCCAUUGAUGUUUGGUCAGCUGGCUGCGUACUGGCGGAGCUCCUCCUGGGCCAGCCCAUCUUCCCUGGGGACAGUGGGGUGGACCAGCUGGUGGAGAUCAUCAAGGUGCUGGGAACACCAACCCGGGAACAAAUCCGAGAGAUGAACCCCAACUACACAGAGUUCAAGUUCCCUCAGAUUAAAGCUCACCCCUGGACAAAGGUGUUUAAAUCUCGAACGCCGCCGGAGGCCAUCGCGCUUUGCUCCAGCCUGCUAGAGUACACCCCGUCCUCAAGGCUCUCCCCACUAGAGGCCUGCGCCCACAGCUUCUUUGAUGAACUACGAUGUCUGGGAACCCAGCUCCCUAACAACCGCCCACUUCCCCCUCUCUUCAACUUCAGUGCUGGUGAACUCUCCAUCCAACCGUCUCUCAACGCCAUUCUCAUCCCUCCUCACUUGAGGUCCCCAGCGGGCACUACCACCCUCACCCAGUCCUCACAAGCUUUAACUGAGACUUCAACCAGCUCAGACUGGCAGUCGACCGAUGCCACACCUACCCUCGCUAACUCGUCCUGAGAGCCCCACCAACCACCCUUCCACUUCCAUCUGGGAGCCCCAAGAGGGGCUGGGAAGGGGGGCCAUAGCCCAUUAAGCUCCUGCCCUGGCUGGGCCCCUAGACUAGAGGGCAGAGGUAAAUGAGUCCCUGUCCCCACCUCCAGUCCCUCCCUCACCAGCCUCACUCCUGUGGUGGGCUUUUUAAGAGGAUUUUAACUGGUUGUGGGGAGGGAAAGAAGGACAGGGUGUUGGGGGGAUGAGGACCUCCUACCCCCUUGGCCCCCUCCCCUCUCCCAGGUCUCCACCUCCUCCAAAUCCCUUCCCCUCCUGUUUCCCUUGUAAAUAGAACCAGCCCAGCCCCUGUCUCCUCUUCCCUUCCCUGGCCCCCGGGUGUAAAUAGAUUGUUAUAAUUUUUUUCUUAAAGAAAACGUCGAUUCGCACCGUCCAACCUGGCCCCGCCCCCUCCUACAGCUGUAACUCCCCUCCUGUCCUCUGCCCCCAAGGUCUUCUCCCUCCUCACCCCACCCUGGAGGGCCAGGGGAGUGGAGAGAGCUCCUGAUGUCUUAGUUUCCACAGUAAGGUUUGCCUGUGUACAGACCUCCGUUCAAUAAAUUAUUGGCAUGAAAACUUG